AUGCCUUCAACAUAUAAGAGGGAUAAGCCCUGGGAUACGGACGAUAUUGACAAGUGGAAGAUUGAAGAAUUCAAACCCUCCGAUAAUGUCGGCGGCACAUUCGCAGAAGAAUCCUCUUUCGUCAGCCUGUUCCCAAAGUAUCGAGAAAUAUACCUCCGAGAAGUAUGGCCGUUGGUAACCAAGGCGCUGGAGAAGAGCUGUAUAACCUGCACUCUUGAUCUUGUAGAGGGUAGCAUGACCGUCAAGACCACCCGAAAGACAUUUGACCCUGCUGCUAUUUUGAAAGCAAGAGAUCUUAUCAAACUCCUGGCGAGAAGUGUUCCAGCGCCACAAGCAUUGAAAAUUCUCGAGGAUGACGUUGCAUGCGACAUCAUCAAGAUUCGUAACCUAGUCCGGAACAAGGAGAGAUUCGUUAAACGGAGACAGCGCAUUCUGGGUCCUUCCGGAUCAACGCUGAAAGCCCUCGAGCUACUUACGGGUACAUAUCUACUCGUCCAGGGAAACACAGUUGCUGCAAUGGGUCCCUUCAAGGGUUUGAAGGAAGUCCGUCGAAUUGUCGAAGAUUGCAUGAACAACAUCCACCCCAUAUACCAUAUCAAGGAAUUAAUGAUCAAACGCGAGCUCGCCAAGGAUCCUCAACUGGCGCAGGAAUCGUGGGACAGGUUCCUUCCGCAACUCAAGAAACGGACCCUCAGCAAGAGACGAAAACCAUUCAAAGUUACAGAUAAAUCUAAGAAAGUUUACACGCCGUUCCCACCAGCUCAGGAGAAGAGUAAGGUUGAUCUGCAGAUUGAGAGUGGUGAAUAUUUCCUUAGUAAACAGGCCAAGGAAAGAGCUCGAAAGGAGGAGAUUAUGGAGAAACAGAGGGAAAAGAGGGCAGAGAAGAUGAAGGAGCAGGAGAAAGAUUUCAUACCGCCAAAGGAGGAUACAGGGGAGAAGAAAAAGAAGAAGCGGAAACGGCUUGAGGAGGGUGAAGAGAAGAAGGUUGAUGACGUGGAGACGGAAGUAAAGGAUAAGAAACGCUCAAAAAAGGAGAAAGCAUGA